UGACCGAAACCACGGAAGAACCAAUUGCCACGGAACAAUUGGAGCAGCCUAGCGUACGGCCACAGUUUGGCAACCGGUUCCUGUCCGCCGGCGACGAUGUUUUCCAGCACAACGCUUGGUAGGCUAUUGCUCUCCUCCGUCACUCUAGCUCGGCACCGUGCUCCCUGUGCGGUGCAGCGCGCCGGAAGCCGUCACUACUGCGACUACGAAUACACGCGGUACCGCAAAAAGCCCGCCGGCGGGGGGACGCGUUUCCUGCGCGAUCCUGCACAGGUGUACCGCUUCAACACGUGGGAUAACGUGCAGUGGGACGAGGAGCAAGAAAAUGCUGCCCUGGAAGGGGUGAAGAAAAACUCAUCCGUCAAGCUGUCCGACGCGGAGGUGACACGGCUGGAGACGGAAGCCGAUCAGAACUGGGACCGUUUCUAUGGCAUCCAUCAGAACCGGUUCUUCAAGGAUCGUCACUGGCUGUUUACGGAGUUUCCCGAGCUGGCGCCAGCGAAGGGACCGAAGACCGUCCCGGAGCGUGUUCUGCCCGACGGGGAACCCGUUAAAAGGGCGGAGGAAGUGUCGCCGGAGAGUGAUGGGCAGCAAAGGAGGAGAACGAUAUUUGAGAUCGGAUGUGGUGUGGGGAACACUGUCUUUCCCAUCCUAAAGUACAGCGAUGAGAAGAAUUUGAUGAUCUACGCGAGCGACUUCUCACGGCAAGCGAUCGACAUCAUGAGCCAGAGCCCGGAGUAUGAUACGAACCGGUGCAAAGCGUUUGUGCUGGAUGCGACGGCCGACCGGUGGGAUGUGCCGUUCGCGGAGAACAGUAUCGACAUCGUGGUGCUAAUAUUCGUACUAUCCGCCAUCGAUCCGGAACGCAUGCAGCACGUGGUGAAUCAAAUCGCUCGCUACCUCAAACCAGGCGGACUGGUAAUGCUGCGCGACUACGGUCGCUACGAUCUCGCCCAGCUACGGUUCAAGCCUGGCAAAUGCCUGAAGGACAACUUUUACGUCCGCGGCGACGGUACGCUGGUAUACUUUUUCACCCAGGAAGAUCUGCGCACACUGUUCACGAGCGCCGGAUUAGUCGAGGAGCAGAACAUCGUCGACCGCCGGCUGCAGGUGAACCGGGGCAAGAUGGUCAAAAUGUACCGCGUGUGGGUGCAGGUCAAAUUCCGCAAACCAACCGGCAACUAAGAUAACGCAAUUUGCCUGUCUGUUCUCUUCUGUUUUUAUUGGUGGGUUUGUUUA